AUGGCUUUCGAUGCAUUUGAUCCUUUACAAAAUGUAACAGUUAAUUUCACAGAAGAUCAAUUAUUAGAAAUAAAAGAAUGGUUUGACGUAACUGCAAAACCAAGACUAACAAUAAACGAAGGAAACCCAAUAAAUGUUGUAACAAUAGAAGAAUUUAGAGACUUUUUAGGAAAAAAAAAAUAUCAUCGAAGAAGUUUUCACUACCCUUCCUAUGGAGAAAUAAUGGAGGAGGCCGAAAAAUUAAAAGCCGGAAUAACGAGAAUGUUGAUGUAUGAUCAAGUAGUGUAUAUGUUAAAUCAAUGGACUAUGUUGCCUGACUUAAAGCAUGAAGUACAACUGGCUUUCAAGGUAUUUGAUACAGAAAAUAGAGAUUUUUUGGAUAUUGAAGAAUUAAAGAUGAUUGUUACUGGAUAUGGUGAUGUGUUUAAUGAAUCUGAAACUAUAGAGAUGCUGCGAGACGCAAAUGUAUCUGGAAAUGGGAAUGUUUUUUAUAACAAUUUUGUUGAUAGUCUUUUCAGUUUAGCACCAGAGCUUAAAGAAAUUAAGGCAGAAUAUUUAUAUGAAGACCCCGAAGAAGAUCCAAGUGUUCCCCCUGAGCCUGUCAUUGAAACUAUAGUAGCAACCCCAACGCAAAACAUAACUGAGGUGGCACAAUCUCCUCCUGGCGAAGCAGCCCAACCCGCUCCACAGAAUCCUUCAACCGAUAAAAAGAAAGAAAAAAAGAAAUGA